GUAUCAAUAGAUUUUUAUAUCAUUGCAAUGUUUUGUGUCAUGGAAACUGUAUUUUUGGCAUAAUUUUGAAGCGCACAUUACUUCAAUAGUAUAAGGUUGGCACCUUAUACAACCUCACCCAUUUUAUAAUGCAUUUAUUUUCUUUUCUUGUCGACUUCCUCGCAUCUCAGACUCUCUCCUUUCUCUGUUCGCUACGCAACAUCCUCGCAUCUUAGUCUCUCCCCAUUCUCUCUCAUCUGCUCUCUCCUUUCUCUCUCAUCCGCUCUCUCUCUCUCUCUCUCUCUCUCUCUCCUAGUGGUCACUCCAAUCGAAUAUCUUCCCUCUCUGUCGCCCUUUUUCUAGCGCUCUAUAGCCAUAGCUCCCAACUCCCAACCCACAAGUCCCUUGUCUCCUUAUUUAGAGAUAUAAAUACAUGCGUUUGGAGCUGGGCAGAGAGAUACUGCUCCUUCGGAAAAGUGAUAUUUAAAAAGUGGGAACAGGCAAAAAGGUCACACAAAAGCAGUAAAGAAGAAAAAGAAUGGAAGGAAAGGUGGCGAAAUCCAGGUUCAAGCGGGUGUGCGUUUUUUGUGGGAGCAGCACCGGGAAGAGGAAUUGUUACCGCGACGCCGCUGUGGAGUUAGCCGAAGAACUCGUCGGUUCCUACGCAUCACACCAACUGCAAUACCAUCUCUGCCUCCUCUCUCUCUCUCUCUAUUGCACAUCAAAACAAGAAAACCAAACCUCAAUUCAGUAUCUGUGCUUAGCUCCUGUUUCCAGGAAAAUGGAUUUGGUUUAUGGAGGAGGAAGUGUGGGGCUCAUGGGGCUUGUCUCUCAAGCGGUUCACCGAGGAGGAGGACACGUUUUAGGGAUAAUACCCAAGACUCUCAUGUGCAAAGAGAUAACAGGAGAGACAGUGGGGGACGUAAGAGUCGUGGCGGAUAUGCAUCAAAGGAAGGCAGAGAUGGCCCGUCAUUCCGAUGCAUUUAUCGCUCUACCAGGGGGAUAUGGUACCCUGGAAGAGCUUUUGGAAGUAAUAACGUGGGCUCAGCUCGGUAUCCACGAUAAGCCGGUGGGUCUUUUGAAUGUGGACGGCUACUACAACUCUCUUCUCAGCUUCAUAGACAAGGCUGUAGACGAUGGAUUCAUUAAGCCAUGUCAGCGCCAUAUAUUUGUUUCGGCACCGAGCGCCAAGGAGCUGGUUCAAAAGCUUGAGGAUUAUGUACCAGUGCACAACGGAGUGGUUCCUAAGGCGAGAUGGGAAGUGGAGCAGGUGGAGUAUAAUUCCUUGUUGCAGGCGGAGAUUGCUCGGUAACGCGACAGUAGGAAAUCGAAGAAGAGAGAGAAAGAACGCCACAGUAUUUUUUCUGCCAUAUGGACGAGUUACAGAAACCUUCUCUCCAACUCGUGCGCACUUAUUUUGAUAUCCCAACUCCAAAUCACUCGUUCACCUUACUAAUGGUAUCUAAUGCAUGAUCAUGUAUCUAUGAAAUCAGUUAUAUGUCUGAUUUGAUGUUGUGAUUUGCUUAGAACUUCAUCGGAAUCGAACGAGAUUUUUGCCAAAA